AUGCAUUUGCCGUAUGGAAGUACAUCAAGACUGGCUUGGGUAGUGUUUCUUCUGCUGGAGUGUUGUGGGAGAGCAGUGUCGGGGCAGCUACCGUAUUCUGUGUUAGAGGAGGCAAAUCCGGGGACAUCAGUGGGAAAUAUCGCUAAGGAUUUAAACCUUAACAUUCAGGAGCUGGAGUCGCGUAUGUUUCAGAUUGUCACUGGAUCCAAAAGAAAGUAUUUCGAGGUAAAUCCGAAGACUGGAAUUCUUUAUGUGAAUGAGAGGAUAGACAGAGAAGAUCUUUGUGAUAAGGAACCGAAAUGUACAGUCACUGUCGAAGCGGUUGUAAACGAUCCUUUGAAGCUGUAUCAUGUCGAAGUAAAUAUUGUUGAUAUUAACGAUAACGCCCCUAUAUUUAGCGCUAUUUCGCAAAAUAUAGACAUCACGGAGAACACUUUGCCAGGGACCAGAUUCCCAUUACCCCAGGCAACGGACGCAGAUGUGGGUAGAAAUUCGGUGAAUACAUACAAACUCAGCUCAAAUGAACAUUUUUCUUUGGCUACACACAAGGGAGGAGAGCACGGAGUAUCUGCUGAAUUAGUUCUACAAAAAGGUUUAGAUAGAGAGAAACAGGCUUUUAUCCAUCUCACACUGACAGCUUUCGACGGAGGAAACCCACCAAGAUCCAGCACCUCUCAAAUUAUUAUUAACGUUUUGGAUAUUAAUGACAACUCUCCAGUAUUUAGCAGUGCAUUAUACAAAACCUCUUUAUUCGAAAAUGUUCCUGCUGGCACGACCGUAGUUGUCCUAAAUGCGACGGAUUUAGAUGAAGGCACAAAUGGAGAGAUUUUGUACUCCAUAAGCAGAAGAGACCAAGAUAAAAUUCUAGAGAUUUUUAGUGUGGAUGCAAACACUGGGGCCAUUACAGUGAAGGGUAACAUAGAUUUUGAAGAGAACAGUGCAUUUGAAAUUCGAGCACAGGCGCAAGAUAAAGGCCAGCCUCCAACUACGGCGCAUUGUAAAGUGUUGAUUGAAGUGCUAGACUUAAACGACAACGUACCCAAUAUUGUUGUGACGUCACUGUCCAAAACCGUGAGGGAAGAUGCUAAGGUAGGCACUGCUGUUGCAUUCGUAUCAGUCGUUGACAGAGACGGAGAAAAAAACGGAAUGGUGAACAUUGCUGUGUCAAAUAGAGUCCCAUUUAAAUUGGAGACAAACUACAAAAAUUACUAUUCUUUACUGGUAAAUGGUCCGUUAGAUAGAGAGAGUGUUUCUCAGUAUAAUAUCACUAUCACAGCUACUGAUGAAGGGACUCCCCCUCUCUCCAGUACCACUGUAGUUACUGUCUACGUUUCUGAUGUGAAUGACAACGCACCACACUUUCCAGAGCCCGUCAUUAAUGUUUAUGUGAAGGAGAACAGUCAGGCUGGAACAAUUAUCUGUACAGUAUCCGCCGCUGACCCUGAUACUGACGAGAAUGCAAAAAUAUUAUAUUCAGUUAUCGAUAGCUCCACCAGAAACACUCCAGUGACGACAUUUGUGAAUAUAAACUCAGACAGUGGAGAAAUACACAGUCUACAGUCUUUUAAUUAUGAGGAUAUAAAAACCUUUGAGUUUAAGGUUCAGGCUACAGACUCUGGUGUUCCUCCACUGAGCAGCAAUGUAACUGUUAACGUUUUUAUCCUGGAUGAGAAUGACAACAGUCCUGGGAUUCUUCCUCCAUAUUCUGAACACGGCUCUGUUAACAGCGAGAAUAUUCCUUAUUCCGCGGAAGCGGGCUAUUUUGUGGCCAAGAUCAGGGCUGUAGACGCCGAUUCUGGAUAUAAUGCGCUGCUUUCUUAUCAUAUCAUGGACCCCAAAGGAAUCAGUCUAUUCAGAAUCGGAUCCAGCAGUGGGGAAAUCAGGACUAAAAGACGAAUGAGUGACAAUGACCUGAAAACUCACCCACUGGUUAUUUUGGUAUGCGAUAAUGGAGAGCCCUCACUGUCAGCGACUGUGUCUAUUGAUGUUGUGGUUGUUGAAAAUACAGGUGACAUUCAGACUCCAUUCAGACACCUGCCCACAAAGGAGGAGGGUUUUUCUGAUUUAAACCUGUAUUUGCUGAUCGCCAUUGUGACGGUGUCUGUGAUUUUUUUACUGAGCCUCAUAAGUCUUAUAGCUGUAAAAUGCCACCGGACAGACGGCAGUUUUAGCAGGUACAGCGCCCCAGUGAUCAACACACACCCUGAUGGGAGUUGGUCUUACUCCAAAUCUACUCAACAGUAUGACGUGUGUUUUAGCUCCGAUACUCUGAAGAGCGAUGUGGUUGUUUUCCCUGCGCAAUUUCCCCUGGCAGAUGCAGAACUGAUCAGUAUUAAUGGAGGAGAUACGUUUAACCGGACACAAACCCUUCCCAAUAAGGAGAAGGUAAGUAUUAAUGAAAUAGUACAUCAUCAUCAAAUGCAGUCGCUUUUACACGUGUCUACCUUUCAUUUCGACAUUCCAUAG